AUGGUUGGUGAUGAUGAAGCCACACCAGAUAGAGAUUUGGUUCAUUUUGCUUUACUUGAAGGAGCUGAACCAAUCAACUAUAGUGAGGCCUUAAAAGAUAAACAAUGGAAGGAAGCUAUGGUCGAAGAGUUACAAGUCAUGGAACAAGAUAUAAUCAUCAUCUUCUUAUAUGUCGAUGACUUGCUAGUAACUGGAAAUGGCAUGGAGAACUUGCCGAAGUUCAAAGAGCUGAUGAAGAGGGAGUUUGAAAUGUCAGAUAUGGGAAACUUGUCGUAUUUCCUAGGCGUAGAAUUUAAAAUUAUUAAGAAGAUGUUGAUUGGUGUAGAGAUAAAGAAGAUUGAAGAAGCACUACUGGUUAUUUUCUUUCAAGUAUUUGGUUCCCCAAUAUCAUGGUGCUUGAAAAAGCAACUUGUGGUGGCAUUAUCAUCAUGUGAGACUGAGUAUAUAGCAGGAACCUAUGUUUCUUGUCAAGCUAUAUGGAUCAUAUAUGUGAUGGAUGAGAUGAAGGUAGAAGUGAAGAAACCUCGGGUAAACCAAGGAAUGAGCCAAACUGAUCUUGUAACUCAAUCUGAUAUUGUCAACAACCUUAUUCAGGCUGAAACAACUGAAGCUCCACCUCCAUCGGUACAAAGUAGUGAAACAAACAAUGAUGAAGAAAAUGCUAACAAGAAAAGAAAGGUUGGAGAAGCUUCCAAUGAUUCUAAUGUUAUAGCUGGAGAUUCAGGUAACAGAAAACCUAUUAAAUCUAGAUCUUGGACUUGGGAACAUUUUACAAAAAUAGGAUCAAGAGCUAAGUGUAAUUGGUGUGAUGUAACAUAUGCUGCUGAUUCACAAAGAAAUGGCACUAGUAAUUUAAAACACCAUUUGCUGCAUCAGUGUAAGAAGUUUUCAAAAGAGUCUCUUGAUCCCACUCAACAGACUCUUGUUCUUCAACAAUUGAAAAAAGAAGAUGGGAAUGGAUCUGGUAGUGUUUUCACUGGUGUUCAUUUUGAUGCCGAGGCAUGUAGGAAAGCUUUAGCUAGGAUGAUUAUUGUUGAUGAGUUGCCUUUUAAGUUUGUUGAGGGAGAGGGGUUUCUUCAUUUUAUGAGUGUUGUGCAACCUAAACUCUCAAUUCCUAAAAGGAUUACAAUUGCUAGAGAUUGUUGGGAUUUGUACACGAGUGAGAAACAUAAGUUAAAAAGUGUGCUAAAUAAAUCAAAUCAAUGUGUCUGUCUUACAACUGAUUGUUGGACAUCUGUUCAAAAUUUGAGUUAUCUUUGUCUCACUGCACAUUUCAUUGAUCAUGAUUGGAAAAUCCAUAAAAGGAUUCUGAAUUUUUGUCCAAUUGUGAAUCACAAAGGAGUAACCAUCGGCAAAAAAAUUGAAAAAUGUUUGGAGGAAUGGCUAAUAGGUAAUGUUUUCACCAUUACGGUUGAUAAUGCUAGUUCUAACGAUGUUGCUAUAACUUACUUGAAAAAUACAAUUAACGAUUGGAAUUCUCAUCCAUUGAAAGGGGGACAUAUGCAUGUUCGCUGUUGUGCACAUAUUCUGAAUCUUGUGGUCCAAGAUGGGCUGGAAGACUAUCAUUCUUCAAUUAGUAAGAUUAGGAAUGCUGUUAGAUAUGUUCGUGCAUCUCCGGGUCGUAUGGAUAGGUUUAAAACUUGCAUUAAGGAAGUUAGGUUACAAGAAAAAUCAAUUGUUCAGUUGGAUGUUUCCACUAGGUGGAAUUCCACAUAUAUUAUGCUUGAAAGUGCAUUGAAGUUUCAAAAGGCAUUUAAGAGAUUGAGUGAGAAGUGUGCUGAUUUUGUGCUGAUGAAAGAUGGUAUUCCUAAUAAAGAGGAUUGGGAUAAUGCAAAAUGCUUUGUUAAUUUUUUGAAAAUAUUUUUUGAUAUCACAAAGAAGGUUUCAGGUAGUACUUUUGUGACCUCUUCUCAAUAUUUUAAUGAGCAUAUUAAGAUAUUGACUACCUUGAACGGGUGGAUAGAAUUAAAAAGUUCAGACAACUUGCUUGGAAUUAUGGCUGAAAAUAUGAAAGUUAAGUAUGAUAAAUAUUGGGGUAAGGUUGAAAAAAUGAAUAUGUUGAUCUUUGUUGCUGUUGUGCUUGAUCCUCGACAUAAGAUGCAGUUUGUUAGGUGGGGAUUGAACAGGGCAUAUCCAAAUGAUGUUGUUGUAUCUUUGUAUAAAAAAACGGAGGAGACAUUAAAUAAAAUAUUUGAGAGUUAUAGGCUUUUCCUUGGUAACGGUCAAACUGAAAAUGUUACACAUUCCACUCAAGAAGUAGAGUUGGUAGAACUUAAAGCACCAGAGGAUGCAUUUGCUUUAGAGGUUGAGAUGGACAUGAAUCUUAAUGAGAGCAUGCAGAAAAAUGAAUUGGAUUUGUAUCUCAUGGAGAAUUUGGAGAAGAAAGGUCCUGGUUUUGAUAUCUUGAAUUGGUGGAAGGUGAAUUCCAACAAGUAUCCUAUUCUUGGUCAAAUGGCUAGAGAUAUAUUGGCCAUUCCUGUAUCUACUGUAGCUUCAGAGUCUGCCUUCUCUACCGGAGGUAGAGUGCUUACUUGCUAUAGAAGUUCUCUUACGCCAAAAACAGUUGAAGCUUUAAUUUGUACACAAAAUUGGUGUAAAUCUUCCCCGGUGUCGGUGGAUAUUGAAGAGCUUGUGGAUGAGUUAGAAAAUCUGGAAUUAGAACUUGCUCCAAUCCCACAAUUGAAUGAAGGUGUAUCUGAUAUAGACUCUGAUUAGCUUUUGAUAUCUGAAAGAAUUGGGUAGAUUGUGAAGCUGGAGCAAUUGCAGGAUAAUUAUUGUGAAGCUGGAGCAAUUUCAGGAUAAUUAGAAAAUUUUAGAUUUGUCUAUCAAUGUUGCAGGCUGUGAUUUUGAAACUAUCAAUUAUGCUGUCAUUGAUAUUUUUCUUGAAGUUUUAUUAUUAUAUUCACUUUAAUGCAGCUUUGGUAUGUUACUGUCAUAUAUAUUUGUCAUAUAUUUAAUUUAUAUUACAAGUCUCCCUAUAAGCACUAAGUAAGCAGGUCUCCAUAUAAAAUAUUUAUUACAGCAAUGUCUAUUUCGUUGGGAUAGAUAUUGUCCAUAUAUUAUAAUGAAUCUUUGCAACAAUGACAUCAAAUAGCCAUAUAAUAUGAAAAUUAGAUAUUGUCUUAGUAGACGUUGGUGGCAUAAUUGUAACUGGUAUUGAAAUAUAUUCGUUUUAAAUUUCACAGUGUUGAUUUAAAAACCGAAUAAAACCGAUUCAACCGAACCGAAGUAAACCGUAUAAAUUGGAUUGGAUUGGAUUGGAUUUUUCUUGUUGUCAUCCAAAAACCGAACCAAACCGUAUGCUUUAUAUAUUUUGGAUCGGAUGAUAUUUUGUCUCAAAACCGAUCCAAACCGGACCGUGAA